CAUAUUGCUUAAUUUAUAUACUCGUACUUUUGGUGACGACAGAAACGUUCUGAAAUUAAUUUGUAAAUCCUCCGAUCAUCAUCUUCUGGGUGUUCGACGAAUUUCCCGAAUCAACUCCGGCGGCUCUAAUGGCUUCAAUCAAUAUCAAUAUUUCAUCUUUGGAUGGGACCCUUUCGGCUGCUGAGUUUAAAAUCGCUGCUUGUGCCUUUUCAGAGCUAUGGGAAAAGUUCAAUUCAGCUCUUCCUCAGUGGUCAUGGCUCCCUUCUUCAAAACGGCCCGGGAUUCCCUUCAAUCAUGUGGAAGGUUACUUAUCAAUGGAAAAUGUAAUUCUUCCUGGUUUUGAUCAGGUAGAUCAUCAUAAAGGGCAUCAGAUUGAGAAAGAAGAGUAUAGUUGCUCCAAUGUAGAUGAAUUUAUUGAUGAUGCCAUAUUGGUUCAAGAUUAUUGUCGUGAAGUAAAUCACUAUGACUUCCAUAUCGUCUAUAGUGCCUCAUAUAGAGUACCUGUGCUCUAUUUUCGUGCUUACCAAAGUGAUGGACAGACUUUGGUUUUGGAUGAGAUUGAAAAGGAUAUCCCUCCUAAUUCUGGAAAACUGCUAAGAGAAUCCAAGUGGACGUUUAUAACCCAGGAGGAGCACCCUCAAUUGAACCGGCCAUGGUAUACACUGCAUCCUUGUGGAACAAGUGACUGGAUGAAGCUACUCUUAACCAAUGAAGCUUCAGUUGUUCAAGGUGGGGUGACAACAGAGAAAUAUCUGGUGUCGUGGUUCUCGGUAGUUGGGCAGGUAUUUGGUCUUAAAAUCCCCUUUGAGAUGCUGGAUAACAUUGGCACAUCGUAGCAUUCUUGUGCAUUGGACAAGAUCUGGCUGCAUUGCCUGUGUACUAUACUCUAUUCUUUAAUUUUUUGCUGAAGUUGUUUUUGAUGAGGGGAGGAAAACCUCUCCUAAUCUUGGCUUUAGGCAAUAAAACCAAGUUCGAUU